AUGGACCGAUACGCCUGCUCAGAGAUUCUCGGGUAUAGGGAAGCCUGUUACAAGAAAGACCCCAAGCACGUCCGCGUGCUAGCAUCGAAUCUCACACAAAACCCCAGCCCUGCGAGAGCAGACGGGGGCGGAAAAAGGGUCGUCUCGGAAGCACGAUCGACCAUCCGCAGGGACCGCAAGUCUUCGAGCGCGCCUUCCGCUCAGUGCCCCAGAGCUCGACAUGUGUCGAUCUCGCGUUCCGACCAAAUAGGGCAACCCCAAGCCCGCUUCGUCGGUUCCCGGAGAGGGCCUGAUGCCGACGACGUUGAGGCUUUGUCCGACGCGGAGCGAAUGUACGGGUGGGCUGCACAGAACUGUCGAAGGGCGAUUGCAGACACUGAAGUAUUACUUCAGGAGACGGAAGGAAAUGCUUCUUUCUGCCGGACCACCCGAGCCAAAUUACGCUAUCCACAGCGUUAG